UUUUUCUAUAACAUAUGUAAGAUCGGAGCUCUAUCCAUCCUGUGCGAAAAAUGCGCUCUACCAUGCUCUGAAACCCUGCGCCUAUUGAAUAAGUCCCUAGUGGGCUUGAAUCGGAGAGGAGCCAAUACAAGCGGAAGGGAGGCGUGUCUUCGCUUUUCCCCAAGACCUCCCAGAGCAGGUUGUUGCGUUUUGGCUCUAAAGCCUGGAGACCUCCGAAGUGCUCGUCAGUUUUCGAAGUAGGAGCCAUGGCGACAACAGCUCAGUAUAUUCCGAGGAAUAACUCCUUACCGUCUAACCCGCUCAUGCAUCCGGAUUCGGAUAGGAUGCAUCAGGGGACGACUUACAGAGAGGUGCAGAAAAUGAUGCACCACGAGUACUUGCAAGGGCUUGCGGCUACCAAUACGGGACACCCGAUGAGCCUGACGCACCACCAGUGGCUGCCCACCUCCAACACCGACUGGUCCAGUGGCACCCACAUCGGUCAGCAGGAGCACAAAGCCAGCGUGCAGGCGACCCGGGAGGACCUGAGCAGCGGCUUCCACCACAGAUCUCACCUGGUGCACCAGCAGACGCAGAACAGCCACCAUGGCUCUUGGGCGCCUACCACGACGCACCACUUAUCCUCGCUUUCCCCAUCCAACGGCCACCAGCCACUGGUCUACUCGCAGCCUGGAUACACAAACCUCAACGCAAUGCUGAGUCCCCAGCCCGGCUCCCUGCACCAUGGCAUGCGGGACCCGCUCCACGAUGAUUCGGGCAGCCACGACAACCAGAUGGAGUCGCCCCAGCAGGCGUUCAGCCACCACCAGGACCACUCGGACGAGGACGCGCCCAGCUCCGACGACCUGGAGCAGUUCGCCAAGCAGUUCAAGCAGCGGCGGAUCAAACUGGGCUUUACGCAGGCGGACGUGGGCUUGGCCUUAGGCACUCUGUAUGGAAACGUCUUUUCUCAGACCACAAUCUGCAGGUUUGAGGCGCUGCAGCUCAGCUUCAAGAACAUGUGCAAACUUAAGCCGCUCCUAAACAAGUGGCUGGAGGAGACAGACUCAAACACUGGCAGUCCCACCAAUUUGGACAAGAUUGCUGCGCAGGGCAGGAAACGAAAGAAGAGGACCUCCAUUGAAGUGGGAGUGAAAGGGGCGCUUGAAAAUCAUUUCUUAAAAUGCCCAAAGCCGUCUGCUCAUGAAAUCAGCAGUUUAGCCAACACUCUGCAGUUGGAAAAAGAGGUUGUUCGUGUUUGGUUUUGCAACAGAAGACAAAAAGAAAAGAGAAUGACACCAAUUGGGGUCCCUCACCCGAAUAUGGAGGACGUAUAUUCCCAAGCAGACACUCCUCCUCUACACCGCACACUACAGAGUCCUGUACAGUGACUGUUUUCAUGAACAAUCCGAGCAUUUCCGCGAGGGGAUAGAAAAGGGAAAGGGACUAUGGAGUUUACAGUAUUUAAGUUUGGUUUUUGUUUUCCUGAGAGAAAAGAGACAUGGAAAAGUUGAACAAACGUUCAACGUCAUGUCCAACAAAUAGAUGGCAAGAGUGACCAUGUUAAGAAGAAAAAAAUCAAGAAAAAAAAGACAAAAAAAAAAUUUGCUAUUACUGAUUCCGUGCGCAUUUAAAGUGAAACAAAGAUCUUUAUUUACCAAAAUUAUAUGGAGGAGAAGGCAUAUAAAGUUAAUUUGAUAUCCCAUGGCUGUUUCAAACGGGGAGUCAUUAAAUGUGGCAACGGAGACCAUCUGUACCAUGAACUGUUGUCGCUCACCAGAAUGAGCUGGUUGCCUGAAAAUGAUCAACACUGGAGAUGAAUAGUCUACACCGAAUGGACAUUUUUUGCUUUUGCAGGCUUAAACCGAUUAACCAGAUUUCUGAAUAUUAGUGUAUACUUUCUUUGUUAUAUUGAGUGUGAUGUUUUGGUUUGAAAAUACUUUAACUUCAGUGUCUCUUUCUGCACACUUGUCUAUGAUUUCUCUCAUUAUUUGCUAUAGGUACUGUAACUCAUCAGAGCAGCCUCUAAUGUUUCUGUUUACUCAGUGGGAGUUGAUGGUGGAAAAGUGAUGG